AUGGCGUUGAUGAGGCAUGCGUCCAGAAGGGCCAUCGAUAUCUUACACUUACCUUCCGAGCUGAUCGCUCACAUAUUCCAAUAUCUCGACGACUAUGACCUUUUCAAUGCACGUGUCAGCCAUAGAGCUCUGGACAAGGCAUCAUUCGAGCAUUUUGCCCGGCGUUUCUUCCGCAAAAAGGGCUUCAUGAUCACAACCCGAAGCCUGACAGUUCUCCAGCACAUCGCCACUCACGAUGAACUUGGAAAGUAUUUGCAGCACGUCUGGUGCAAUCCGGACUGCUACACCUUCGCAAGGCCAAAGUGUUGUCCUGACGAUGAGGAAGACAGUGAUCUCGACUCAGCCGAUGGACUGGAGACGCCACUGGAGAAGGGGCCCGUCUUAAUGGCGAGGGUACACAGCACGUUGUCAAGGCAGUACGCCGCCUAUUGCGAUGUCAUACGUGAUCACAGCGAUCUUUUGUAUUCCGACAAGCUGGAGGAGAGGCUCAACCAUGCUUUCAGACUACUGCCGAACCUACGGACCGUGGGUAUGCGAAGGAGCGAAGACUACAGUCCGUAUGGCUGGACUGAGAUCAAAGACGCUGUUGGAGAGGAUCCGCGCAUACUCGGGCCUAUACCAUCAACUCCUAGCUCAACUCUCUCUGGUCCGACACAGCUGUUCAUAGCCCUGAUCGGAGCCAUUUCUGCCAGUGGUACGCGGCUGGAAAGGCUCUACACAGACGCCAUCGAGGUUGACAACGUACCCGAGAACACCCUGACGCAGGAGAAGCUCAAUGCAGCCUGUUCGUCGAUCCUGUACAUCGAGGCGAAUGUGAUCAAAGGCUUCUUAACCACACACCCUGUUCCUGACACACAUGAGUAUAAUCCUAGGCCAGGUACAGCAGAAUUGGGAAAAGGAAUGGCACACCUCUUCAAAGCCAUGCCGAACCUCAAAGAGCUCGGCUUGCAAAUCUUUCGCGACAACCAGGCACAGCAGACGAUUCUCGCACCUGGGAUGAGCCCUCCAGAGGGCCUCCGAGAAUGCUACCCUUACUACGCCUUCGAUCGCCUGGUAAAUGAGGUUUCCUUCGCCGGUCUCACGCGCAUCAAACUGGAAAAGAUCACGGCCAUGGCAUUCCAAUUCAAACGAUUUCUUGAGCCCUGCGCUCCCAAUCUCACCAGCCUGAAGCUCCGCGACAUCCGCCUCAUUACUCCAGAAGGUGAAUCCAGGCCUUGGGAAGCGAUCUUCGCCUUCUUGCGGAGUUCUUGUCGAGCACUGGAGUACGUCCUUUUCUACCGCCUCAUGUACGAGCGUGGUGCGAUCUCGUACACUGAAGAUCCUCCUGCCGCCAUUACAAAUCCAGCGUACACUUACAAUCAUCUCCCAUCGCCUGUUAAUCGAGCUCUGUUUACCAACUAUGAUCAAAUUGCCGCAGAGGCCAGCGGGGAACAGGAUGUGAGGAAGAAGCUGGCAGAAAUCGAGGAGAGGCAUUGGUACCAGAGGCCGCUUUUCACGUAUGCGAUGGACGAAGAUUUGUGGCAUACUGAUACCAGUGAUGAGGAGUGGUAG